ACUACGAGGAAUUCAACCGGCCACCUGAUUCGUGUGGAGGGCGUUUCAGCCUUGAUACUUGACUGGCUCUCUCUCCGCUACAAAUUCGAUUACUCCAUCCUUGACACCAAUAUUUCUUUGCUGGAUGACAUGGGACCCAAGCGACCAGGACUCAUUAGCUACCUAUUGAGGGGGGAAAGCCAAGUGAUGUUGGCGUUCAUGGGCCCUUCACCCGAACGUUUACGGAAAGUGGAGGUCGUCCAUCCUUGGCUGUACACGCCGCCCGCCUUCCUCAUCCCAAUGCCCGAAAUCUUGCCCAACAACGUCGACGCAGUCAUCAAACCUUUUCAAUUAUGGGUUUGGAUGGGAUUAGUUGGUGCUGUCGCAUCCUUCAUUUUCACCAUGUCGUAUUUAAAUCGCACCCUAACUUCGAGGCAUCGAUCCGUCUCAAACAAUGUUGAAGAGAAUGUCGACCAACCUCCUGAUGUCGUGACUGAAAGUGUCUACAUGUACGUUGUAGGAACCUUAUUGAAUCAAGGUGGAAGCAUCUCAUGCCAGAUCACCUCCGUUCGACUGGUGGUCGGGGCCUGGUGCUUAAUGACCCUUGUGCUGGUCAACGUCUACAACGGAAUUCUCAUCUCCUACGUGAUGGCUAUUCAUCGCGCUCCUCCAAUCGCCAGCACCGAAUUAGACAUCGCGUUCAACCCAAACAUCCGCCUUGUCGUCGAUAAGGGUCAAUCUGGCGAUCUUUGGUUUUCGACUGCGCAAAAAGGGAUUUUCAAGGGCUAUGGCGACAAAUUGCGAUCAUAUCCGAAUUCGAGGUGCAACAGCAGUCAUCAGUGUGUCGAUUUGGUGAAAUCGCUGCCGCCACAGCACGUCUAUUUUAGCGUAGGCCAAUAA